GUCAACUUGCGUUCAGAGUGUAGACCCAUUGAUUUGUCCAGGAAACAUCGAGGGCGAAUGCGCUGUAUUGGUUAGCAAAGGGAACUGGGCUUGCAUUUAAACGAAUCUACAAUAUCAGCUCGGUGAACAUCGCAGCGGUACUAGUUUUGAACUGGUUUUAGGAGAGUGACCCAUCAAAACUGGACAUCAACCAAGCCCGGGUGAACUAGCGGGCACAAACUGGACACAGCCGGGGCAACGACCGUUUCGAGUCAGGGUGUGUGGGCAGCAGAGAGAGAGUUGUCUGGAUUAGAGGAUGAAGAGGUUCAGGAGACAUGGCCACGAGACCCAGAGAGAACGCCUCAAACAAGAGCUCUAUCACUUCAACAAGACGGUGGAGCAUGGCUUCCCUCACCAGCCUAGCGCUCUGGGCUUCAGCCCCUCCCUGCAGCUGCUGGCCAUAGGAACACGCUCUGGAGCCAUCAAGCUGUAUGGGGCUCCAGGUGUAGAGUUCAUGGGUCUGCAUGAUGAGAACGCCACGGUAACACAGGUGCACUUCCUGCCACACCAGGUGGAGCUGGUGACUCUGCUGGAUGACAACAGUCUCCACAUGUGGACGCUGAGAGCUCAUCAUGGCGUGUCUGAGCUGCUGGAGAUAGGACGCUUCACACUCACAGGACCACCGGGAGCCCCCCCCAGUGUGACGAGGGUGACGGCGGUGCUGGCCCACUCCUCUGGGGAGCUGCUGCUGCUGGGGACGGAGGGGGGCCACGUGUUCGUGGUGGAGGUGCCUGGCUUCAGGGAGCUGGAGGAGAGGAACAUCAGCCUGGAGAACGUCACCUCCAGUGUACCAGAAGACUACCUGGGCCGCAAGAGCCUGGAGCACGUGGAGGCUCUGCAGGAGAACCCCCUCAACCCCCAGCAGGUGCUGCUGGGCUACGGGCGAGGCCUCAUGGUGGUCUGGGACCUGGAGAGGCAGUGUGCCGUGCAGCACAUCCCCGCCACGCAGCAACUGGAGAGCGUGUGGUGGACCGAGGACGGCGGCCAUGUCCUGAGUUCCCAUAGCGACGGCAGCUACUGCCGGUGGACGGUGGGUGGGGAGGACACCGAGGAGGAGCAGGACAAGUCUGACACUCCCUACGGUCACUUCCCCUGUAAGGCUAUCUCUAAGAUCAUCCAGCUAGCCACAGAACAAGGGCCUCCGUUCCUGCUGUUCAGCGGCGGCAUGCCCCGGGCCAGCUACGGGGACAGACACUGUAUCAGUGUGAUCCACAACAAGACCCACGUGGCGCUGGACUUCACCUCCAGGAUCAUCGACUACUUCGUCAUCAGAGACGGGCCCCAGCACGCCGGUGACCCCAGUGCGCUGGUGGUGCUGGUGGAGGAGGAGCUGGUGGUGGUGGACCUCCAGACGGAGGGCUGGCCGGUCAUCCAGACCCCCUACCUGGUGCCCCUGCACUGCUCGGCCAUCACCUGCUCCCACCACGCCUCCGCCAUCCCCCUCAAGCUCUGGGAGAGGCUGCAGGCUGCUGGGGAGCUGCAGAACACUCACUACUCCCAGAAGCCGUGGCCGAUCACGGGAGGGCAGAACCUGGCUCCAGACUCUCCCCAGAGAGACCUGCUGCUCACUGGACACGAGGACGGGACGGUUCGUUUCUGGGACGCAUCGGGGGUGUGUCUGUACCCCAUGUACAAGCUGAGCACAGCAGGGGUGUUCCACACCGACGCCGACCCCAACGACAACAUGAACCAAGGCUCCGAGGGAGAGUGGCCCCCCUUCAGGAAGGUUGGCUGUUUUGACCCCUACAGCGACGACCCCCGCCUGGGCAUCCAGAAGAUCCACCUCUGCAAGUACAGUGGAUACCUGGCCGUCGCCGGCACCGCCGGACAGAUCCUGGUGUUGGAGCUGAACGAUGAGGAAGCAGAACAGACUGUUGAAGCAAAGGUAGCUGACUUGCUGCAGGGGCAGGAAGGAUUCCGCUGGAAGGGCCACACCCGUCUGGACGUGAAAGAGGAGCCUGUCCUUUUCCCGGCAGGGUUCCAGCCCUGCUGCCUGGUGCAGUGCCAGCCCCCGGCCGUGGUCACGGCCCUCACCCUGCACUCUGACUGGAGGCUGCUGGCCUUCGGCACCAGCCACGGCUUCGGCCUCCACGACUACCAGCAGAGGAACAACGUCCUGGUCAGGUGCACCCUGAACCCCAGUGACCAGCUGGCCAUGGAGGGCCCUCUGUCCCGGGUGAAGAGCAUCAAGAAGUCCCUGCGUCAGUCCUUCAGGAGGAUCAGGAGGAGCAGGGUGUCCCUGCGCAAGCACCACGUCAACCACGCCUCCAAGCUGCAGGAGGCUAAUGCUCGCCUGGAGGCGGAGCUGGCUGAGAUGGAGCUGGCUCCGGUCCAGAGGAAGAUCGAAGCUCGCUCCUCCGACGACUCCUUCACCGGGCUCGUCCGCACGCUCUACUUUGCCGACACCUUCCUCUCCGACAGCUCUCACAGCACGCCCUCUCUGUGGGCAGGGACCAAUGGCGGCUCUGUAUUUGCCUACAUGCUCCGUCUCCCGCCUACGGAGCGCAGAACAGAGGACCCCGUCACGGCACAUCCUGCUAAGGAGAUCCAGCUGAUGCACAGGGCCCCGGUGGUGGGUCUGGCCGUGCUGGACGGCCGUGGCAGCCCCCUGCCCGAGCCCCUGGAGGUGGCCCACGAUCUGGCCCGCUCGCCUGACAUGCAGGGCACACACCACCUGCUGGUCGUGUCUGAGGAGCAGUUCAAGGUUUUCAGCCUGCCAAAGGUGAGCGCCAAGAUGAAGCUGAAACUCACCGCCACCGACGGCUCUCGCGUGCGGCGAGUGGGCGUGGCCUGGUUCGUCAGCAGCCAAUCGGAGGACUACGGCGAGAGCGGCCUGGUGGUCCUGACCAAUCAGGGGGACCUGCAGGUGGUGUCGCUGCCGGGGCUGAAGGUGCAGGUGCGCUACCCCUGCGUCCGCCGAGAAGACGUCAGCGGAAUCGCCUCCUGUGUGUUCACCAAGCACGGCCAGGGUUUCUAUCUCAUCUCUCCGUCCGAGUUUGAGCGCUUCUCCCUGUCGGCCCGCUGCGUGGUGGAGCCUCGCUCUCUGGUGGAGCUGCCUUCCUCCUCCUCCUCGUCCUCCUCACCGCCCCAGCCCCGCGUUCAGCCCGACGGGGCGUCCGCCGAGCACAGAAACUCCAGGAGGAACAGUGUUGAUCCAGAGAGUGCUGCUAGGCGUAUUAUGGAGCAUGCUUUGCUGAAUGACGAGAGUGUGCUCCAGGAGAUCCAGAAGUCUCUAGAAGGAGACCACACGACGUUUCUGGAGAACAAUGUGAAGAGCUCUCUGUCUGGAGACAAGUUGCUGAGCAACGGAGACUAACGCAGUCCCCCCCCCCCCACCCCCUGUGCCUGAGGCGUGCUGGAGUCUGCCAGCCCUGCCCCCCCCCCCCCUCCCCCCUCACCACGCCCACACUACUGCUACUACUACCACUACUGACCCCUGACCCUGCAGACCCACUUCCUGCUCACACAAAGCCACUCCCCCGGCCCUGAGGCCUGCUGGCUGGGAGUGCCCAGCCGUGGGUGGGACCUGUGUGAGGGGAAGCUGUUUGAGGUCCCUCGGUGUGCCUAUGGAGGGAACUACCACCACCUGUGCCUAAGUCAGCUGCUGUCACCUGGCAACCAGCGGAAGCUGCCUCCAAACCCCACAAAACACCAGAAGGAGAGAGGGUGUUGUUUUUAUUUUGUUUUUUUAUCGGAAGCCAUUAAAUGACACGCACAUUCCACAGCGUGUAUCCUCCUGUAUCACUAUCAUGAUUUUAUUUGUUUUUAUAAUUUUUGUAAUUUAAUUUCUACCUGCGAUUAGCACCUGCUAUGUUUAAUUUGACUUGCUAAAACCUCAGAAACCUUGAAAACAUUCAGCAGGGUUUAUCCCAAGUAGCUGUUUAUUAAUGCUGACAAGACUUUGUUUGGGGCGAAAGAGCAAAAGCCCUGCGAAUGACUACGAAGCCUUCCGGCUGUUUCCACACGGAUGCAGGAGCAGACAUAUCCACACCCAGAGUCCUCCAGCUAACCGCUAAGUCCUCUGUAGAGAACCGAUGAUGUGUGUAGUCACCAAGAACGCCACGUCACAACAGACCCCGCCUCUACCGUCCAUGCAUUGAACUGGUAUAACCUGUUAUAACCCGCUGUAGGUACUUCUCCCCUGUUAUGAAGUUCACAAUGCUGUACUUUCUAGGGCAACAACUUCCUGUGGGCCUCAAGUUUUUUGAAAAAAAAAGUUUGUAUCUAAGCCUUUUUUUAUGCCAGCUAUGAAUAUUGUAAUUUAGGAAUGUAAUUUUAAGAUAUUGUAGUCAAAUGUUUAAUAUAUAUGUAUAUGAAUCUGUGCUGACAGUGGGUCUAUUUUAACCGGGUUGGCUGCAACAGUCUGAUCUUAUAAGGAAAUAUUUUGGUACAUUUUUCCAAAAAUGCUGGGUAUUUUGUAGCAUCUUUGGCCUAGAAUAUAUUUUUGUAGUGAAUGUCAAGUAUGAGAACCCUAAUUUUUGAUUUGUAACUUCACACUACACUGUGUCCUGCUGGAAAAUUACAAUGUUUUUUCACGAG